AUGGACUUAUCGCGUCCAACGACUUUCGCUAGCUCUCCCGAAGCGAUUGAAGUGUUCGUGGACAACCGAUCGGUGCUGGUGGAACCGGGCACAACCGUGUUGCAGGCCGCGGCCCAGAUCGGCAUAGAGAUCCCACGGUUCUGUUACCACGAGCGGCUUGCCGUUGCCGGAAACUGUCGCAUGUGCCUGGUGGAGGUGGAAGGAUCGGCCAAGCCGGUCGCAGCCUGCGCGAUGCCGGUACUGCCGGGCUGGCGCAUCCAAACCGGCUCCGAGAUGGUCCGGAAAGCGCGCGAAGGCGUCAUGGAGUUCCUGCUGAUGAACCACCCGCUGGACUGUCCGAUCUGCGACCAGGGCGGUGAGUGCGAUCUGCAGGAUCAGGCGAUGGCGUUCGGUUCGGAUCGGUCCCGCUUCACCGACAUCGAUCACACGGGCAAGCGAGCCGUCGAAGACAAGGAUCUGGGGCCACUGAUAAAAACCUACAUGACGAGGUGUAUCCACUGUACGCGUUGUAUCCGUUUCGCGUCGGAGGUGGCCGGUGUGGACGAUCUCGGGACUACCGGGCGUGGCAGCGACAUGGAGGUCGGGACGUACGUGGAGCGACUGUUCCUGUCCGAGCUGUCCGGAAACGUGAUCGACCUGUGUCCGGUCGGAGCGCUCACCAGCAAACCGUACAGCUUCGUGGCGCGUCCCUGGGAGCUGAGGAAGGUCGAUUCGAUCGACGUGCUGGAUGCGCUCGGCAGCAACAUCGUGGUGGGGACGCGCACCGGAGAAGUGUUGCGCAUCCUGCCACGCGAGCACGAUGCCAUCAACGAGGAGUGGUUGUCCGACAAGGCUCGCUUCGCCUGCGACGGGCUGAAGCGCCAACGGCUGGUGGCGCCAAUGUUACGCCAACCGAACGGGGACCUCGAGGUGGUCGAUUGGGAACAGGCGCUGGUCACGGUGGCCCGUGCGUUGCGCGACACGCUUCCGAUCGGCCACGUGGCAGCCGUCGUCGGUGGACUGGUCGAUACCGAGGCACUCGUGGCUCUGAAGGAUCUGCUCAAUCGACUCGGCUCGGAGACACUGUGCACGGAGCAACGGUUCCCGGUGGACGGCCCGGGAACCGACUUUCGGACCAGCUAUUUGCUGAACGCUUCGAUUGCGGCCUGCGAAGAGGCGGAUGUGGUUCUGCUCGUGGGUACCAACCCGCGCUACGAGGCACCGCUUCUGAACAGUCGGUUACGUAAAGGAUUCAUCCACAGCGGACAGCACGUUGCGUUGGUUGGACCGAAGGUGGAUCUUUCGUACGAAUGCGAAUACCUGGGCAGUGAUACGUCCGUCGUCAGUGAUAUCGUCACCGGGCACCAUCCGAUCGCGCGGAAGCUGCAGCAGGCCAGGAAACCGCUGAUCAUCGUCGGUGCUGCGCAGCUUGCACGACCCGAUGGUCUCGCUUUUCUGACGGCCCUCCAUGGGUUUGCUAACGGAUUGUCACCGGUGGACCCGAACUGGAAGGUGUGGAAUGUACUGCAAUCGAACGCUGGCCAGACGGCAGCCUUAGACGUGGGCUAUCGGGGAGGCGUUGAGUCGGUGCUGGAAACGAACCCGAAGGUACUGUUCCUGCUCGGAGCCGAUUCAGGAGUCAUCGAGCGUGAAAAGCUACCUCCGGAUUGCUUCGUCGUGUAUCAGGGACAUCACGGGGACGCCGGUGCUCAGCUCGCCCAUGCCAUUCUUCCCGGGGCGGCCUAUACUGAGAAGCAGGCCACGUACGUCAACAUGGAGGGCCGUGCCCAGCAGACACUGACCGCGAUCACACCACCCGGUCUGGCGCGUGAAGAUUGGAAAAUUAUACGCGCCCUAUCAGAAGUCGCUGGAGUUCCGCUUCCGUACGACACUCUGGACGAGCUGCGGGCACGCAUGGAGGACAUAGCGCCGCACACUGUACGAUACGGGCGUCUUGAGGAGACGAAUUUUUCGGACGUUGCCGAAGCGGUCCUGAAACAGGGCACAGUGCACUUUGAGAGCGGCCCGGUCGAGGUGUCGCAGAAACGGUUGGAAGACUUCUUCAUGACCGACCCGAUAACGCGCGCUUCACCGACGAUGGCGAAAUGUGUGGCGGCCGCCAGGAAGCAGCCAGCCUACUAA